UCCUCCGGUUGUGAUAUUGCGCUACUAUUUUGACCGUCGACCUCGAACGGGCCUUCAUUGUCAGAUUUUACUGGCUGCUCAAUGAUUAAUCCAUGCAUGCAUGAGUUUAAUGAUCCUCUUGCGGCCGGUUUGCGAAAUCUCCGGAUGGGCAUGGUGGAUGAGCGCUUCGGAUCAAGCGAAUGAAAUCAAAGACCCUCCCCAAAAUGAAAGCAAUUCCGGAAGCCUCCUUGCCACUUUACAACGAGGAGUACGUGGCCCAAUUGCAGCGAUUUUUCGGUCUCGAACUGGCCUCGAAAACUGCUGACAAUGGGUCUCUACCUACUGAGAACCGCGAGGAACGGGACUCGUCUGCAGCAGCGGCCAUUGCUGAUGAUUUGACCUCAAACUCCAACCAAGCCUGUCGUGUCCACGACAAAGACCGAGAAACUACCUACUUCUCGCUGAAGCAGCGCAAAGCGCCCGAAGUCGAGAAAUGCGAUGGAGAGCGGGAUCGAGAAGAAGGACCCACCGAUGGGGUCGGGCCAGAUCCUCCCGACCGGUACAGGGUGCACAGCAGGUUCUGGUAUGCGAUUUUCUCCUUCGGUGCCCUGCUCGGUGAUGAUACAUUCUACUACUUCAUAUUCUGUUUCAGCGUCGCCAACCUCUCGUGGUGGGUGACCCGACGCCUUCUCAUGGUGUGGGGCUUUUGUAUGUUUAUUGGCCAGGCGUGCAAGGAAAUCUUGCGCUGGCCUCGUCCAAGGGAGCCACCGGUUGUUCAGUUGGAGAGCCGAUACAACAAGGAGUAUGGGAUGCCAUCCACCCAUGCAGUUGUUGGUACCCUCAUGCCAUUCACACUGCUCAUUAGCACAUGGAAUCACUAUGAGUAUCCCCACCUGCUCGGGUUUGUUCUAGCUUGCAACUGGACACUUUUGGUGUGUUGCAGUAGGCUGUACCGAGGAAUGCACUUCAUUCUGGAUUUGAUAGCGGGGGUGACACUGACAGCCCUUCUGAUGGCCCUCAUCUGGCCCUGGUUGGACUCCCUGGACCACUUCCUUCUGACCCACCCUUAUGCCCCGGUCAUCAUCGUGGUGGUCACCAUCCUCCUCAUCGUCUUCUACCCGGCCCUGGAUGGGGUGGGGGCCUCCCGCAAUGACACCGUCUCCAUCUUGGCCACCAUGGGUGGGGGCCUGUGUGCUUUUUGGUGCAACCACCGCUCCGGCCUGGUGCCCGACGCCCAUGCCCCCCUGGGCGGCACCAUCGACUGGCCCGACCUGCCCACUGCCGGCAUCAUGCUGGUCCGCUAUGCCAUCUACACGGUCAUAGCCAGCAUCAUAUUCUUUGGACUCAAAUUUCUCAUCAAGAGGAUGAUGCAGGUGUUCUUUGGCAUCCAGGUCAACAGAGAAACAAAAAGGUGGCUGAGAGUCCAGCUCUCCUACGGUUAUGUCCCGCACGGAUUCACAAUGCUUGUUAUGUACUCGAUGGGGCCACGUCUCUGUACAUGGCUUGGCCUCGAUUUAAAUUGACGUGGCACUGAGAAGCAGUGGAGUUGGGUGAAAGCAGCUUAAGUGGUACAGAUUUCAGAGGUUGUGGGUGGAUGGAUGGGUGGAGAAUUGUUUUGAAAGGUGUGUCUGGGCAUUUGUUUUGGCAGUUGUGCAAACAGUAAUUGCUGAGGGAUGUUCCCACACUAAUUUAAUACAUGUACCUUGCAUAUUGAUGAACCAUGUGCUCGUAAAAUAAUUUCUGAUCGAGAGCAAAUAUGUACUGGGUUAAACUUUAGACUAUAAUAUUUCCAUCAAACUCCAUCCUUCUUCCUAACUCAUACAUACAUGCAUCUGCUUAGUACGUUCUGCCUUGUAGCAAAGCUGUACUUGCACAUUGUGCUGGUACUUGCUAUAUGCCGAAUUACUAUACAUGCACUUCAUACAUAUUCAUGACGGAUCGCUAAACUCUCAUUGGUGCAUUCACGGUGCAUUCAUUAGCAAACACUGUUUUUGCUGUUGGCCAGGCGCACACGCGAUCGUUCAGGCAAGGAGUAAAUUCGCACGUGUUUGUAAUUGUUGCCCGGCUUACCCGGACAACAGUUGCAAAGGCAUGCACAGUAGCAAAGAAAAAUCCUGGAACAGUUACCUGGCUGUACUGUGCACUCGUGGUGGCGCCAGCCUGGCAACGGUGUGCAUGCAUUCUUGUGUGUAGAAUCAAUGUAAAAUCGUAAAAGAUGAAGUGUUUGUAUUUCCAUUUUUAGAAACAAAAAUAAACGCUCACGGAAACAAAUUGAUAAUGUUAUUAUUUUCAGAGGUUAUUAAAUAAAAUAUGUAUAGGGUAUAGUAAAACAAAUAUAACAUUGUUUAUUUCACCUCGGGAAGUAGUUCGUCAACCCCCAAUACCUCAGAGAACUAACAUUGACCAUCCAACCUCAAACCAUGUUAUAUUUGUAUACUAAAGGCUGAACAAAAUGUGUUUUCUUGUCUUAAUUGGGGCAUUCUACAUUUGCAUAUGAGGUAGGUUUUUGUUCACCAGUGUUAAAAUGCUCCCAAAGAAGAGGUCAGGGCAGUGAUCGCUGAAGUUAGUAGGUGUUGGUGUCACUGUGUGCGCCAAAAUUUGGUGCUCCGUUUGCAUGGUAGCAGUGAUAUUUUUAGGGCCUAUCUGUAGAGGGACAGAUGAUGGUGAACAUUUUCUUCUUGGGGGUGGGAAACUGGUUUCUUGGCACUGGUGAGGGGGCACCUUUGGAAUGUAGAUGUAACCUGCCUUAUGUAGGACUUUAAAGCAAAUGGUCUGCAUACUGUGCGGUGAUGCAAGUUAAUAGGAGCCCUCGUAAUGAAAGAUUGCAUUUUGUCAUGCAGUAACUUACUUUAGACCAAGUAAAUUUGUUAUUCAGGAUUUUGAUAAUUUGAGCUAGUAAUUGUAGCCGAGCACAACUCUUUAAAAAAGAACUCCGUUCAGUGGCACCAGCCUAGGGCUUUUAGUCUCUUUCAUUACAGUGAAAGAAAUGCAAGGCAUUGUUGGUAGCACAUGAUGUCCAGGUGCUGUUGCAAUUUAAAAAACAGCUCAAGGCCGAUCUUGCUCUAAGUGGUAUUACAACAAGUCAGCAAAAAAGGUUUGCCACCAGCUUCUGCCAAGCCACUGCGAUCCACGCACAAGUCAACCUGAAGUGCUAAACCCGAAUCAUAGGUUGAGACUGGAUAGGGCUUUGCAUUAAUGUUGGUCGAAUGAAUAAAAAAAAACACCACAUGCGCAGAAUGAUGACAAUUCCAGAUGGUGUGUCUGCACAGUAUUCACUUUUCCAGUAUGCAUACGGUGUAUCAAGUUUAGUAAAGUAUACAACCCUGUUAUAAAUAUAUUGUAACAGUGACAUGGUCGUCUGCGAUCCACUUUGUGAUAGUGCAAAUUGUAACUGUCUCGUUAUUAUAUAUAUAUAUUGUAGUGUGUAUAAAAGUACAGAACAUAUUCCUGGCAGCAAAUGUUUAGGAUGUUUGACGGACCUUGUCGAGUAUUUUCAUGGAUUCAUUGCCUUUGAGAUGAGCUGAAAAUAAUGCACCUGUUCUCACGGUUGUGUAGAGAUGGACUUAUAAUAAUGCAACUCAAGUAACAAGCAUACACUCUUUGAAGUCGAGCUUGGUUCGCACUUUGUCACAUUCCAAGCACUAUAACCGUUUGAUGCCACUGUGGACGAUGAGAAAGCUGCUUACUCGGCGUACUUUGCAGGCGAAUGUUUGGCCUUGACUUGAUGCAGGUCAAUUCCCCAUGUACCAGUACCUUUUUAUGCAGCUGUUACAAAAUGCUUUGUGACCAUGUGGCCUUCCCUGGUCUUUAUUUUGUAGAGAAAAGAAAUCUACUUUAUAAUAUUGUGUGAUGUAAGGCUAAUCAUGGUAAAGAAUCACUCUUUCCACUUCAGCGAUUUUGUCGUAGUUUUUCAUGCAUAACCUAAUUAACAUAGAGUUAAUAUUUUUUUGCAUCUCACCGUUUUAUUGAUUUGUGGAGAGUCUACGCAUAGGUUAGUUGCAGUCGUGAAUUGUUAAAUUAGCUGGAUCUUCAAGUGCCUUUUUAUAAAGGCCUGUAUUCCGGCACUGUAGAGAUGGGGGAAAUACAUGGUUUUCAGUAAAACAUUUUUUUGUAAUUAACAGCAGUAUUGUAGCUACAGAAAAGCUGAGAAAUAAGGUUUGUAUUUGAUAAGUAGUACGUUAAAAGUAAAAGGGUUGGAUACUUAAAUUGUAUUUGGUGGAGGAUGCGACUACAGAUACAUGUAUAUGAUCAAACUUAUUCCGUAUGAAUUCUAAUCGAUAGUAUGUCUACCUGAAAAUGAAGUCAUCAAAAAUUUAAAUAUGAAAGUAGUUUUUUUAUUAUGGUAUUUGAAGUAGCUCUAACAGGCCUCUUCGUGAUACUCGAAUUGUUCAUUGAUCUGAAAUCAGUUUUAGAAAGACUGACCUAGAAUUCGUUUACUUUAUGGAAGAUGCUAUGUGUUUUGUUGAUUAACAAACAUUAACAACUCGAACUUCCACGGUUUACAGUGUAUGACAUAAAUUAACAUGAAUAAAUCGUUCGAUAAUGGAA